CAGGCAUCACAGUAUGUGGAGCCUGAAUUCUCACACAGAUUUUCUCUCAGAUAUCUUAGGAAUGGGCAAUUAGUGUGAGUGUGUUGAACUGGGUGCCUGGUUUGCUCUUCAGGACUGACAUUUGGUAGUAAGCGUGGUGUCUAUGCUGUAUGAUGAAGCUGCUGGUCUCAGAUCUGAACGGUCUCUUUGCAGUGGUCAAACCAAAGGGCAUCACUUCUGCAGGAGUGGUCAACCAACUCAAGCAAGUUCUGGUCAGAGAGCAAAGGCAGCAGCUGCUCGAGUUUAACAGCAGCAGCCGAGCCCGGAACACAAACGACAGGCCACCAAGAAGAUUCCGGAUCGGCCAUGGUGGGACCCUGGACUUCAAUGCCUCAGGGGUCCUGGUCAUAGGGAUAGGCCGGGGGACAAAGCAGCUGGCGUCCCUGCUGAAGGGGAACAAGAGAUACCUGGCUGUCGGCUGUCUAGGCUCAUCCACAGACACGCAAGAUGCCUUGGGGAAAGUCGUGCAGCAGUCCCCAGCAGAUCAUGUUACUAAGGAAAUGAUAGCAUCAUCACUUCAGCCCUUUGUAGGUGAUACGAUGCAGGUGCCUCCAGUGUACUCAGCUCUCAAGAUUGGAGGCGUUCGAAUGUCCGACUUGGCCCUCCGUGGCAAAACUGUCAUGACCAAACCAGCCAGACCCGUGACCGUCCACAGUCUCAAAUGUGUGGAAUUUUCCCCUCCGUAUUUCACUCUGGAUGUCCACUGUGGAGGGGGGUUUUAUGUCAGACAGCUAAUAGAAGACCUUGGCCAAGAUUUAAGAACCAACGCACACCUGGCAGAGCUCACUCGCACUCAGCAAGGACCGUUCACCCUCGCAAACCACGCACUGGCGGAGGACAGGUGGACGUUUGAGCACAUUUGCCGUGCAGUCAGAAGGUUCUCUGAAAUGUCAGGGUUGGAGAAUCUUUUUGGGCCUCAUUGAAUGUCAGCGGGAGGAGACUAUAAGAAACUGAGAAGAAACUCAGCCCUUCGAACUAAGAGAUGGAAGAGGGUUUUUCUGCCACUACCGACAGCACAGACCAAGUGUAGAAACGUGAUGUUACUCUGACCGAAAACUGCAGAAAUUACUCCGGUCCACCAGCUCCAGCCCAAGAAUGGAACAAAUCAAUCAGGAGGAUAUCACUUUGUGAGUUUACGCUCAGCACUGCAGCUGGGUUCACAGGCUACACUUGACCAUCAAAGACUGCAUCCCGGGAGUGAUGGCCAACCUGAACUCAUGCCAGAGGCAGAAGAAUGCAGAGCUUUGGCUGUUUCGGAAGCGAUGCACUGCAAACAAGUGUGGAUUUAUGAUACAGAGACAAAAACUGUACACCAAAAUACCUCAAAAGGGGCCUGGCCGAUGUACUGCUACUCCGAACAUUACAUUUCAGGUGAGGCUCUACAACACGGGCAUCGCAGUGGCAGGUGCAAGGAGGCUCCUGACAGCUAUGGACAUGGCUGUUCAAUCAAGAUGGGGACUGCUAAAAAUGGCACACAAACGUGGUGAAAUUAUAACUCAAGAGAACCUGGAAGACAUUACUACAAAAAACAUGGUGAAAGACAUCCACGAAUUGCAGGGAUUUGAAAGCGAGUGUCCGAUUGCUUUUGAGAUGGACAGACAAUAUGAUAACUCUCUUUGUUCCAGCCACAAAAACAAGAGACACCGUUUGAGAAAAGGUCAACUGUUCAAAGUUUGUGAUCAUUUACCCUCCUGAAAAGAAAAUCUGCAAAAGUCGAGAUAUGCUGCAAGCUGAAGGGCGCUGAACAAAGUACCCCAGCCACAAAGGAGGCACAGCUGCACGCCCCUCCCAAUUUCACGUGGUAGACGAGAAAGCAAGGGGGAGUACUGUGUGCUGGGAAAAUUCUAUGAAGUGAGGAGCCCCUGCUAGUAAGAGUGCUUACGGUGCAGACCGGUGUUUGGCAGCUGGUUUGAAGUCCCACACAAGGACCAGAACCGACACGGAUGCUGUGGAGCAACCAGACUCUCUUCAGUUGAAUAGGUCUUUAUGUUCUGCAGUCAGUAAUGCCAACUUCAGCCCAACUGUGUUCCCCCAACAAGCAUAUAGAACUGACAGGCAAAGACAACAACUGAAAGAUCGUUUCGAUGAUGACAUAAGUCAUUGGGCAAAAGCUGAAGUCAGUGCAACCCUCCAAAACAGUAACGGAGCUGUUGAGAAAAUGAAACAGUUUGCAACUAAGGCUUCAAACGCCGUCCCAGAAUGCUGUGCAGGGAAUCAUAGUCUGUGCCGAAAGGGUUGACAAGUUUGUAAAGGUGAUUGUAGCUUCUCUUACAUGCCACACCAUUUAUAAAGGGAAAGCUUCAUAUGACGAUGAGUUUCUUCUGUAGACACUUGUAAAGAAACAAAUCGGGUAUGAGGCUUUUAACACAGUAUGGCAUGAGCCAUCAACCCAUUUGGGAAUGACCGAUCCCAAGUUCAAAGCCCAAGUGUGGACAACCAAAGUCCCUCAAGCCUCUUUAAAAAAAACAGAGUGUUGUUUGGUCGUUCAGAUUUCAUUUGAUUUUCAAUUUUUAGUAUGUUUACCAAUGAGAGUUUUCAUUAUCCAUCAAAUAACAAACACCCCCACCCAAAAAAAGUGAAAGUUCCCAAGUCUGCCAGCAGUCAUUUUUCAAGUGACACCCCUCCACUUUCUCGGGCUCUUUGGACAAUUUACAAGAGCAUUUUUCUCUUUUUUGGCCCUUGGAUGGGAGCACCUUAAUCUAGGGAGUUGACCCUGGGUCGUAUUUACAGAGUUCCACUAUUUCUUGGGCCAUACAAACUCCUCUUUUUAGAAAAAACUGUAGGGGUUCUUUUCGAGCACCUCAGCCUGGCAGAGAAUUGCCUUGCAUUGGGAUACUGCAUCCCAAAACUAUCCACCUAGAGCAGAAAGUACCCCCUCAUUGAUUGAACGGAGCCAGGUUGGUCGGGAGUGUUCAUUUUGCUGGAAGCAACACGACUGUAACGUGCAUUUCAUGAAUCAUAAUCGUUCGUGGACCAGCAAAAGGCAGUUUCGACCAAAGGAACUUCCGUUGUUAGGAAAAUUGUGCCCUCUCUUGGCCCAGCUCAUGGCUCACAACACUGACACCAGCUAAAGAAACCUUUUCCAUACCUGACUCUGUGAAGGUGAGGUUCAAACCAGGAACCACCCUGACUGAGACGUUCAUGUGUGUCAGUUCUUUAACCUUCCAAUUGGCCCAGAAAAGAAAACAUAAUCCAAAACCUGCUGAACUCACAAAGUUACUUUAAGUUCCAAAACUGCAAUAAUCGGAGCUAUUUAUCUGCGCAUGUAAGACAAAUAACAAUUUCUUCGUGACAUUUCGAAAUCUUUUAUUUCAAGAAUACAAAUGUAUACACGAGUAUGUACAGAUAACAAUGCAAUGAAAUAAAAUACAAUGCAGAUUAAUGAAAGAUUUCCUUGUGUUCCAAUGUGUACAUGCAUGAUGUUAUGGUACGUGCACCUUAACAUAAUCUGAAUUUCUGUCGGUAACUGAUUGGGAUAAGUUGGGCCCGUUUCCAAUACUCAACUUCAUCUCCAUCUCAGGCUUCAUUCCAAGAACCAAUCCCCGAUUGUGGGCCUGAAGUAU